AUGGCUUCAUCUUCAUCUGAAGGUAUGAUAAUUAAUUCUGGGCUAGAGGAUCCAUCUUUGUUGCGUUUUCAAAGUAUACAUGUCUCUGAACACAUUUGGGAUGGGCGAGAGCAUCCGAUGUUGAAGGUUAGGAAGUGUCAGUUCAUACCAGCUGGCAUAGACUGUGUUCCAGGAGAGAUUUUACCUCAUUUAGAGAUGGCUGGCUUUGUUGGAGUUGCUCAGCUUGCUAACUUUCCAUUGGAUAGACAUUUGAUCACUGCAUUAGUAGAAAGAUGGAGGCCUGAGACUUAUACAUUUCACAUGCCACCCGGAGAGUGCACAAUAACGCUUGAGGAUAUAGCCAUCCAGACAGGUCUUCGGGUUAAUGGGCUUCCAGUUUUUACAGCUACCGGAGGUAAUUGGCCACAGAUGGUUGAGGAUAGUCUAGGUAUUAGACCACCACCAGAAGCUUUUGUGGGGAGUAGCUUGAAGAUUAGUUGGUUAGAUUAG